AUAAUUCCACUAUUGUGUGUUUCGAUGGUCGCUUGCCUUGUCUGAUUCGUUUAUUGUACGUACUCGGAUGGUAUAAUUUAAUCAACAUCCGACUAGACCUUGCGAACUCAUUAUUAUUGUACUUCUAAAUGUGGUAAAGUGAUGAGGGGCUCCAAUCUAUUCAAGCGAGCUGCUUCGCCCAUAAGACACGUUUCUUAUAUCCGGUACCUUGCAAGUUCUAGCAGGGUAUAGAAAAAAUUUAGUCUAGAUCUAACUUUGGUACCUGAUAUCCGCUCCAGAAAGAAGGGGGAGAGGAGAAGAAAGAGGAGAACAGACUCAACAUGAGAACGCCAUCUGAGAUCCUGUAUGCGCGGACAGUUCCGUUUUUUGGCCUGCAAUAAGUAUCACAGUUUCAUCUACUUAGUUUAGAGAAACCCAAUUGGAUGGAUAUUGGAAAAAGCCAUUGCUUUUGCACAUAUCAAGCUUCGAUUUUCUUGCUUCUCCCCCAGAGCUAUCUACAAAGGUGUGCCUAGGUCCUGGCAUUUCUGUAGCCAUUGAUCGAAAAAUUCUCCGGGUUGAUAUGGAACCGUGCCCUUCGUUCCCAUUGUUUUAUUUCUAGAAAACUUGUAUCUACCUCGCGCAGUCCCCCAUUACUUAGCCUUACGCAAUUCGUACAAUAUUCUAGAUCUAACCAACGCGUGGGAUCUUGCCCAUCACUUUUCAUCUCUUCCUCUUGCUUUGGAUGACGAUGAAAUUCCACUAGAGUUAUUAUGAGUUCUUCGCGCGCAGUUCAUCAUUUUGUAUCCCCUGAGAGAGAGGUCAAUGCCGGCAUCUGGUCCCUUUUCGGCGGUGCGACUGUAUGUCUCGUUCUUCGACUUUGGUGCAAGCUGAGGAGACAAGGCCUUUGGUGGGACGAUUAUAUACUCAUACUUUCCUGGGUGGUUCUUCUAACAACCGACAUCUUUAUAUCCUACGAAUUUGCGACCGGAUAUGUCGUCAAGACUUGGAAUGAUCGAAUGUUGAUUCUCGUAUCCAUAUCAUCCUGCCUCACUACCGCCGGCCAAACAUGGAGCAAAUCCGCCUUUGCAGUAACUCUUCUAAGGAUGACAAACAACUGGCAAAAAUUUAUUUGCGUAGCCACCCUCAUCAUCCUCAACGUCUUCCUCGUCCUCAAAGUCUUUGUAAAUUGGUCCAAAUACUGUGGUAAAACCGGAUAUCAGAACUGGUGGAGGAUGCCUGGUUUCUGUGUUGAUUACCAAGCAGCAGCUAACAUCAAGGUUGGGGGAAAUAUCUUCAAUAUUGUGGCGGACUUUGUACUGGCUCUAUUCCCAUGGAUGGUCACAUGGAAAUUGAAGAUAUCUUUGAAAGAGAAGAUCGCUCUUUGCAUCACGAUGAGUCUUGGGGUUGUGGUCGCUAUCAUCUCAGCUGUAAGAACUGCUUGGAUGGAUGAUCCAAGUGUCGAUGCCUAUAAUGAUUAUUAUUUUUGGCGCCAAGGACUAUCCAUGGUCUGGUAUUCUGCCGAGGUCGCUGGCACCAUCAUUGUGCAAUCCAUCCCGCUAAUGCGACCCCUCGUAAACGACAUGCACACCUCUCUCGUCUCCAAAAAGCUAGGAUCCGGCGCCGACGGCAAAAGUUACGGUCCGGGAAAAUCAAACAAGAGUACGAACCGACGAACUCUUACUCUUAUCUUGCAAGGAUGUGAUGUAAAAGAUGACGAAAAUGAUGUAGAAGAUCAGAAGAGAGUCGACAUUGAUAGAAUGCAUCUGACUCAGGAUGAGAAUGGGAAGAUUGUACUUAGGAGGAGAACGGACUCGGGGGGGGAUGUAAACGCGUAUCAGAAUAGUCGCGUGACGAGUUCUGCUAGGAGAUUGGAAGAGGAGGAAAUUGGAUUGACGGAGGAUCAAAAGGACAGGAUGGUGGUGAGUAGUGAAUACUACGCUAAUGGAGGAUUGUUGGAGGAUAUUCCGGAGUAUCAUGCUCAUAGAGGACCAUUGGAGGAAAUCCCCGAGUAUCAUUCUCAUGGAGAGCCGUUGGAAGAGAUACCCGAAUACCGUACGAUUGGAGGCAAGGAGCAUAUCCCCAUGACGGAAUUCCAUGCUGUCACUUGUUAAUAUGUAUAUAUCAAACCCAUGUAAAUAAUUUUACCAAAAAAAAAAUGAAAAGGUUCCAAAAA